AUGAACUUAAGCAGGAGGUACGUUUGGCUUCUUGCCAUCUUGAUUGGUUCAUUUUUUGGUUACUUGAUAUUCAAGUCACGCUACACAACCCUUUAUUCAUCCAAACUUCAGGCCGGUCAAAAUCAUGGUGGAGCAAGGACUGUAAACGCCACGGAAAGUGUUGCUACCAGCACUAAAGACAUUGUAACUACGGAAAUUCCUGGUGAUGAACGUUUCCAAAUCGGCCAUUAUGUUUCAAGACUUAACUCUUCCAUAAUUGGAAAAGAGUUCAACUUUGAUAAUUCAACUCUAGUUGUAAUAAGAAGAGUUCUUCGGAAUCAAACAUUCAAGCGAAAGCCAAUCGAGUCCAUUGAUGCCAAGACGCCAUUUUUUGAUCUCGUGACUCCUGUGACCGCGUGUUCGAGUAACCACUACGGCGAAUUCAAACCUCACAUAGAAGAUUUUAGAAAGAGUUUCCCUGGAACGAAAUGUUUUUUCUACGAUCUUGGACUAAACGAUGAGCAGAUCAAUGAAGUUAAAAACAUGCCUGACCUAGUGUACAGAAAAUUCGACUUUAAUGUGUAUCCUGAACACGUUCGUUACCUGCGAAAUUAUGCCUGGAAACCGUUGAUAAUUCAAGAAAUGCUCUCUGAAUUUGAUGGAACAAUGUGGUUUGAUUCAUCUGUCAAAUUCUUAGGAAACCUAACCAGUAAUGUAAUAGAACUUAUGUCCCGCCACAAUACAGGCGUAGUGUUUUAUCUCGCCACAACCGGCCACUCCAUAGUAGCCGCUACUCAACCGGGCAUGCUUGAAUACUUUCCGAUGAUGAAAGAAGGCGCAGUUAAGGACAUGCUUCAGGCCAGUGCAGUGGUUUACAUAAACAAGGAUGAAGUACAAAGGCACAUAAUGAAAUGGGUUGUGAUUUGCGCCCUCAAAAAGGACUGUAUCGCACCGCCCGGUUCAAAAUUGUUUUGUGGGUUUAAGUUUCCUCGAGACAGGUUUGGGGGCUGCCACAGAUAUGACCAGUCUCUGCAAAAUAUCCUUGUUUCGAACGCUUAUAACCAUGAACACGAGAAAUAUCAGUACUGGAGUAAAAAUUUUGCCGUUAUGGCCCNCUAGUGUACAGAAAAUUCGACUUUAAUGUGUAUCCUGAGCACGUUCGUUACCUGCGAAAUUAUGCCUGGAAACCGUUGAUAAUUCAAGAAAUGCUCUCUGAAUUUGAUGGAACAAUGUGGUUUGAUUCAUCUGUCAAAUUCUUAGGAAACCUAACCAGUAAUGUAAUAGAACUUAUGUCCCGCCACAAUACAGGCGCAGUGUUUUAUCUCGACUCAACCCACCACUCUAUAGUAGCCGCUACUCAACCGGGCAUGCUUGAAUACUUUCCGAUGAUGAAAGAAGGCGCAGUUAAGGACAUGCUUCAGGCCAGUGCAGUGGUUUACAUAAACAAGGAUGAAGUACAAAGGCACAUAAUGAAAUGGGUUGUGAUUUGCGCCCUCAAAAAGGACUGUAUCGCACCGCCCGGUUCAAAAUUGUUUUGUGGGUUUAAGUUUCCUCGAGACAGGUUUGGGGGCUGCCACAGAUAUGACCAGUCUCUGCAAAAUAUCCUUGUUUCGAACGCUUAUAACCAUGAACACGAGAAAUAUCAGUACUGGAGUAAAAAUUUUGCCGUUAUGGCCCGGGGGUAA